AUGUUUCAGUCAUUCACCGGAAGCUCUCGCCGUCCGAGGCAGGUCAACCUCAGUGGCCGUGCUAAUAAUCCUUUCGCUGCCUUCCCAGGUAGCUCCGCCGGCCGAACUACCCCUCACGCUUCGAAUCCACAAAGUGCUGUUGCGAUCGCACAGCAAGAACGCCUUCAAAGACAACGAGAGCGGGAGAAACAGAAUGCCGUCCGGGUCGUCCAGCGAGGGUGGCGGGGCUAUCGAAGCAGGAAAUCUACCUAUGAUAUGUGGAGGACGGACUGGGAUAACAAUGAAAGGAAUAUGACAGAAGCCACGGAGUUGAUGGCGGCGACCAAAGGCACUGCAGAGGACUUUGUCUUUGCGUCGCACCCUCCUGCACCAUAUGCAACCGCAGACCAGUGCCUCACCCAACUCCGUCUACUCGUCCAUUUUGUCUCAACACGGAGGCAUGAUGACAUUCUUCGGCUUCUAUAUUUUGUUCGUGCCUUCGAGCAGACCUUUCGAACCCUGCAUACAAUCGCAGCAGAGGGUGAAUGGACUAAGCUUCUGAAAAGGCUUGCCAAGUCAGUUCUUCAUGUGCUGCGCUCGGCUCCCAGUACCUUCAUUCCUACUACGACUAUUGAGAUCCUUUUACGAGCAGUGAUGUUCCUCACAGGCUUGAUGCCGAAGCAGAUGGCAACACUCGCAGAAACAUAUUAUGACACCAUGGCAUUCCUGACAACUAAUAUGUCGAGUCUCCACCGACCUAAACAGAGCAGUGGAUUAGAUCGACCAGUGGUUAAUCCUGAGCUCCUCCAGGAAGCUGUUCUUGCCCUCCUCCGGCCGAUUACCUCCGAGACCAUGUCUGCUUACGAGUCCUUCGCUGUUUCGUACCUCACUAUUCCAAGCCUCGAGAGCUACCUGGGCAACAUGGAUGGAUUGGCUGGCCAAAUUAACUACAGAAUGCUAGCAUUGGCGAUCUCAGCUCGCUUGGGAUCCAGCAUGCAAGGUUCUGGCGUUCUAGAAGAUAUUCAGGCACGCACUUGGUUGUUAUCAUACUUGAUAUACUUCCAACAACACACCUCUGGCACUCAGAACAGCUCACAUGCCCCGGAGCCGGAGUUUGUGAUCGUGGUAUCUGAUCUGUUGACUUCAACAUCCACCUUUCUCGUGCAGGGCUUUGAGGCGGAGGACUCAACCGAGAUGGAUUCGCCUCGAGGUGUGCAGCCUCUGCACCCAUUUAUCAAGGAACAAAUCAAUAGCCUCAUCAACCAAAGUAGCGUCACUGGACUGCUUUCUCGUAUUCGAUCAUCCCCUCUCCCCCGGACCGACUUGAAAGACGAAGAUUCCGAGGCAUCCAAAGAGGCUAGAGUCCUUGCAAAAUACGCCCUCAAUUUACUGCGGAUCUUCCCCCGACGAGGCGAUGAUAUCCGAAUGUGGUUGUAUCUGGGCUCGGCUCCAUCCGGUGAGCAGAUUGCUGGCCAACCAGAUGCGAAGAUACCAGCUAUCAAGUAUUUCUGGCAGGCGACUAGUUCUAGUCGCAUCUUCCAGAUAAUCAGCAGUGACUCCACAAAGGUGCUCCCACUGUUACUGUUGCCACAGCAGGCGAAAGAAGCUGCGGAAAUACCCCAAUAUCAGCGUGAUCAAGAGUGGACGACCAUACUCCUCUUCCUUGAGCUAUACACCUUUGUUUUGAAGGUCAUGGAUGAUGAUGAAUUCUUCUCCAGCACGACACCCUUCACAUCCUCGGACAACACCAAGAUAUCAUGGACUAGGGAAAGUGCAUUGCCCCUGCGUGACAUCAAAGACAUGACGAUUUUCUUGAAGAAUCUCGCAUUCACACUCUACUGGAAUGCGGUCGACUUGAGCGAACCAGAGCUUGGACCGACAACGACCAGUUUGAGUAGCUAUUUCAGCAGUACGACCUCCCCACACCGCUCCUCGGAACCGGUAUCGGGUACUCAAGACCUGGAAUCCAGAACCCCAAGCAAUAAUCUUGCUGGGGUGACUGGAAUUCCGCUGGAGUACUUCAAGGGCCUUGUGACGGGUCUCUUGCGAAUGUUGCAUGAACGAGAUUCGCGCCGGAAAUUCCUCCCCAAAGAUCACUGGCUCAUGACUAGCCGGUUUGAUAUGGAAGGGUUCAUUUCCGCCGUUGUUGGAGAGGAGGAGAGAAGACAUGAGUUCCAAGCCCGAGCAGAUGAAUCAGGUGAUCCAGACCUGAUGGACGAGGACGAGAACAUGCCGUUUGGUCUAGCAGGGACCGGUCAUGCUCAGCAAACCAUCCGUCUCGAGUCUUUGCGGCGUCACCAGCAGCGAGUCGCUCGAGGAAGGGUGCUGGCCGCCAUUGCACCCCGGCUUGAGAUUCUUCGAAACAUGCCAUUUUUCAUACCAUUCGCCACUCGGGUCCAGAUCUUCCGCGAAUUCAUCUUUCAUGACCAGCAUCGUCGACGACACGGAUUUGUCGAUCCUGACUCCUGGCGUGCCUCUGUAGCUCAGGCUACCAUGGGCCAGAUGAUUAAUGGUCAUCCAGCUGUCCAGGAUGUGCUGGCUCGCCAUCAAGCCGAGAUUCGGCGUGAAAACGUCUUCGACGAUGCUCUUGCUCAAUUCUACCCUCUAGGUGACGGCCUUAAGGAACCCAUCCAGAUCAGUUUCAUCGAUCGAUUUGGGGCCAUGGAGGCUGGUAUUGAUGGUGGUGGUGUGACCAAAGAAUUUCUCACUAGCAUUACCAGCGAGGCGUUCAAGACCGAGGAUGAUUUCAGCAUGUUUGUGGAGAACGAUCAGCAUCUUCUCUAUCCCAAUCCCACAGCCGUCGAACAGUGCAAGGAACAUCUGCGUGAGGCUGGAGUGAGCGAGUCCAGUCUGAACUGGUCCGAGCAAAUUCGGGAUCUUCUGCGUCGGUAUGAGUUCCUCGGCCGUGUCAUAGGCAAAUGUCUCUACGAGGGAAUCUUGGUAGACGUCAACUUUGCGCCCUUCUUCCUGCUCAAGUGGGCGUUGACUGGUGGCACUGGAUCGGCUAUGAAGGAGUCUUCCUAUCGAGCCAACUUGAACGAUCUGAAGGAUCUUGACCAAGGAUUGUACCAAGGCCUGCUUCAACUAAAGAACUACCCGGGCGACGUGGAGGACUUCUCCUUGGACUUCACCGUAACUGAUACCAUUCCUAUGCCCGGGUCAGCACAUCGUACGGCGACGAGAGAGCUGCGGUACAAUGGUUCAAAGACGCCCGUGACCAAUCAGAAUCGCCUUGUUUACAUUUCUUAUAUUGCACGGUACAGAUUGCAGGUUCAGCCCGCCAUGCAGACCAACGCCUUCCUGCAAGGCCUUGGACAGAUCAUUCAGCCCGCUUGGCUGUCUAUGUUCAACCAGUCUGAAUUGCAGACAUUGGUCAGUGGCGAGACCGGCGAUAUCGAUGUCGAAGAUCUUCGGCGCAACACACAGUACGGCGGCGUGUAUACCAUUGGCGACGAUAACCAGGAACACCCCACCGUCCAGCUGUUCUGGAAGGUGAUGCAUGAGCUGAACAACGAAGAGCGACAGAAGGUGAUUCGGUUCGUAACAUCGACACCACGUGCGCCACUACUCGGAUUCAGCCAUCUCAAUCCACGCUUCAGUAUCCGGGACUCCAGCGACGAUCAGGAACGACUUCCGAGUACAAGCACUUGCGUCAACCUGCUUAAGCUACCCCGCUAUGCCAAUGCUGAGACCUUGCGGAGCAAGCUACUUUAUGCGGUGAGCUCCGGGGCUGGAUUUGAUUUGAGCUGA